UUCCAAAAAACUUCGAAAUUUCAAUUCAAUCAGUGUACAAAAAAUUUCUAAUUUGAAUCUACGGAUCGUUCCGUGUACGAGGACUCCCGCGAUCGAAUCCCAGCAUUGGCACCCUCGUCAUCUUCAUCUCUAGCAUCACCAACACGGAGUAAAUUCUAUUAUCCCAGAGCUCGAUCACAGAAAAAGCUUAGGGGGGAAAAAUCAAAAUAAAAAAGGAAGAAAUGGAAAAAAGGAAUAACUGGCACUCGCUAUGGCAGCCACCGGUGGGUCAUAAGGGUGGCAUAUUAGGGCGCCUGCGUGGGCGUCGUAUCGCAGGGGGUGCUCGAGGCGUAGGUGCAACCGGCGCCCGAAGACCGUUGUGUGCGGCAGACGGCGACAGGCAGCGCGGCGAAAGCCGAACCCUGGGGGACAUGCAGCCUCCUCACUCGCUGACGAAGAUCUCUCGCACGCACAACCGCCAUCCCCGUGAAGAGGACUAGCACCCCACUGGCGCGCCGGGACCACCAAGAUCUGCUCCGCUAUAACAGGACGGCCGAAAAAUGGGUGGCGGAGGAUGGAUGGGUGGCUGGUUGCAGCGAUGUCGAGAGUCCCGUCGCCUCGUUUUGGUGAUCGUCGCCAUCGCUCUCCUCCUUGACAACAUGCUACUCACCACCGUAGUACCUAUAAUACCGGAGUUCCUGUACGACAUCCGCCACCCAAACGCAACUUUAAGCGAACAUCUCGACGGUGCUGUACACCAUAUUACGACGACUACUACAACGACAACACCAACGCCACAAAAAUGUCAGUGUCCCAACAACGCAUCUAACAACGCCCUGGAAUUCCUCGUGACCAAUACAACACCUGCAGACGAUAUAGGUAAUAUGACCAACGUAACGAUAUCCGAAGACAAGGAAAAACAACAACGGCAUAAAGAACUUCUCGAAGAAACGGUUGCCGUAGGAAUGAUGUUCGCUUCAAAGGCGUUUGUUCAACUGCUCGCCAACCCCAUCGUCGGACCUCUUACACACAAGAUAGGAUACAGCAUCCCCAUGUUUGCCGGGUUCAUUAUAAUGUUUCUUUCGACUCUGAUAUUCGCAUUUGGACGAAGUUACGGUAUUCUGUUUUUGGCACGCGCGCUUCAGGGCAUAGGAUCAUCUUGCUCGAGUGUUUCAGGUAUGGGUAUGCUGGCGGAAAGGUACCAAGAUGACAAGGAACGAGGUAAUGCAAUGGGAAUCGCGCUCGGCGGUCUCGCCCUCGGAGUCUUAAUUGGUCCACCAUUCGGUGGAGUGAUGUACGAAUUCGUUGGAAAGUCCGCUCCCUUUCUCGUACUUUCCGCUCUAGCUUUGGGGGAUGGAUUGUUACAGCUUCUGAUGCUGCAACCAUCGGUUGUUUACACGGAAGCGGAUCCACCAUCCCUCAAAACACUCGUCAUGGACCCCUACAUCGUUAUCGCAGCAGGAGCUAUCACCUUUGCAAAUAUGGGUAUUGCGAUGCUUGAACCAAGUCUUCCGAUAUGGAUGAUGGACACAAUGGGAGCGAGUCGUUGGAAACAAGGCGCAACAUUCCUUCCGGCCAGCAUUAGUUAUCUGAUUGGAACGAACCUUUUUGGACCUUUGGGGCACAGAAUGGGCAGGUGGCUGGCCUCUUUGAUCGGGCUCGUCGUUAUUGGCGUUUGUUUGAUGUGUAUUCCUUUAGCUAAAAGUAUCGACCACCUAAUAGUCCCGAAUGCCGGACUAGGAUUCGCGAUUGGCAUGGUGGACAGUUCCAUGAUGCCAGAAUUGGGUUACCUGGUGGAUAUUCGACACUCAGCAGUAUACGGUAGCGUUUACGCUAUCGGCGAUGCGGCGUUUUGUCUGGGAUUUGCAAUCGGGCCAGCACUAAGCGGAACUUUAGUGAACACCAUAGGAUUCGAAUGGAUGUUAUUUGGGAUCGCCAUUCUUAAUUUCUUAUACGCACCUCUAAUGUACUUUCUACGAGCACCCCCAACGAAAGAAGAAAAGAAGUCCUUGAUAAUUGGCGAUAAAUCAUCGGUGCGGUACGUGACUUAUCAAAACGAAGAGGAUGCGGAACAGUAAAUUUCAGUGAGUAUAUGAAGUAAAUUAUAAGUGUAUUACUCGUUGAAUAUUAUCGUUAAAAAUGAAAAAAGAAAGCAACCAAAAAAUACAAAAUAAAAUAACUUUGGCCAUCAGUAACUAUUUUGGUGAUAAAUUAUCAAAGUGCUGCGCUUCGUAUAGGUAUUACAUGAAAAAUUGCCAUGCUCAGAAUUUAUUUCUCUUGCUUUUAGCUCGUCAUUGCCAUCACUAUUUUUAUAUUGAACUUAUUGUUAUAAUUUUCUCCGAUUAUUAAUAAUAAUAGUAAUAAUAUCGUGAAAAGAUCUUCAAGUAGACCUAUAAGUUCUAUGUUUUUGCAAAUAUUUUUUUUUCAGGUUUUCUCUUCUAAAUUUUGAGCAAAUUGUUCGAAAAAAGAUUCUAUACGCUUUCUCUGAAUCAAAGUAUAUACAUAUACAUGUAUGCGUACUAAUUUAUAUCCUAAAAUUUAGAUCAAUAUAACUGCGAAUACAUGAUACAUAACUAGUAAAACGAUGAAGGUGUACAUCUAUUAUAUGUAUACACAUUAAUAUGUAUGGAUCGUUGUAAUAGUUUUAUUAUAAAUAAUAUACGACUAUUACGAUUAUUAUUUCAGAAAAAGAUUUAAAGUUGAACAGCGGUAUAGAGCAUAUUCAAAAUAUAUUAAUACGUACGUUAAAUUAUAUUAUUAUAUUAUGAGAACGGUGCAAUAUACAAGGCAUUAUACUCCAUGCACAAUUCACGUCUACAUAUUUUAAUGAACGCGAAUAAAAGAAAAUUACGAAGAAACAAAGAAAAAGAUUGUUCGAAAUAUUGCAAAAUGAUCACGAUAUCCUUGUAUUAAAGCAUGGGUGUGAGUAUAUUUGGUAUAAGUAGAAUAAUCGACCAUGCAAUAUUCAAAUACGAACAUGGCUUCGCUGCAUGUUAAAUUAAAAAUGCAUGGGGCAAAAUGUAUACCUACAUACGCAUAUAGUAUGACUGUACAAUAAUUUGACGAAUUAGGGAAAAGAAAAGAUAAGGGAAGAAAAGAGAAAAAAAAAUAUUAUCCGUUGGUAUAUGCUCGGGUAUAUGUAUUUUACGUGAAUAUACCUAAUUAAGGUGUAAAAUGGCGUUUUUUCAAUUUUUUUUCAAGUUUUUUUCUCAAUCACUUCUUCAAUUCUGUUUUAUGGAAUCAAUGUCGGGGCGACAUUCGUGAAAGGGACGUGGUAUGUAAAAUAAUAUUUAUAACGAAUAUCGAGAACUAUGUUCUAUAUGUACACCGAUACGAAUCCCAAUCUCUGUCAGUUUUCUAUAUUGAAAAAAGGUGAGAAUAUAUUUUCAAAAUUCAAAAUUUAUAAAACUUUUUUGAGAGAGGUACCGCCCAGUGUAUGGAUUCCUUGAAUGGCUGCAAGGAAACCGGGUUAAUUUUAAGGCAGCUGGGUAAAAUGAAGAGUCCUCGAUAUUGGAAAUCAGACCGAUUCGUUCGGAAAAAUUAGGAUAUAAUAAGUUGAUUAAAUGCUAUGCAGAAGAGAAAAGAAAAAUGUAGAAUUCUCACUAUUCCGGAAAAACGACAUUGCAUUCUGGAUUCGUUGUCAACGGUCUCAAUUGGCAUCGGACAUUUUUAUCCUCGCAUGGAAAACACCGUGAAAAGAUGCGUCAAAGGCUCGACGAAUUAUCGAAUAUAUCGAGGUUUAUAAUGAUGGAUGAAAAAAAAUAAAAGUAUAUCGUAUGUCAUAAUAUUUGCGGUGCAAAAUUUCGUGGUAUAACUAGCUUGCGUAAUAAGCGACGAAUUCAUUGGAGAGAUAAGAUUGUCAUAAUCAAAAAAAUAUUGUGGCUCCGUGUAGAACGUUCGUAGAAGCAAUACGUUAUAAUACAUGAAUAAAUAAAUAAAUAAAUAAUCGAUUGUUAUAUCUGUCGUAUAUUAUAUAGACAAUAUAUACGUACAUUAAUAAAUAUAUAUGUAUGUGAAAUUACUCAUCAGAAUACAUUUACUGCGACAAAUAAUAAUAAAAUUAAUAAUAAUCAUUACAGUUAUAACAAUAAUCACGAUAAUAUUAAUUGCUGUAAUUUGAAAUACAUGUCGAGAUCCUAAGCUACUACGAGUACCAAUCGCAUGAUUAUAUAUAUACAUAUAUAUAUAUAUAUAUACAUAGAUUUAUAUUAAAUAUUGCGUGGUCUAGAUGUUAGAAAAUGUAUCACAUCUAUAUUAUAACCCAUCAGUGUAGGUUUUUCUUUCAUUUUUUGUUUUGUUAUUAAUUUGUCGUUAUUUUUUAUGUUUUUCAUUUAUACACAGCUGUACGUUUGCGAACCAUAUAUAUAGUAAUUUCUGCACCGCAUUGCUCGUUAGUAUUAAAUGUAAGAAUAAAUUGGAUAACGAUUAUGUAACUGCAUUGAAAAUGGAUGAAGAAAUGUUUAUGAAUAUGAAAUAUAUCAUACAAUCUGUGUCUACGAGCUUAUCUUGAUAUUUAUUCUAUAUUACAAAUAAAGUACUCGUGUUUCUGGUAUACUUUUGUGUUUUAAAUAGUCAUCAGGGGCGCGGAAAAUUUUUGAAAAGUAUAAUAUGUCCAGAUACAGAUGGGUUCACGAUCGGAGCUAGUUAUAUCCGUACAAUAUUUGCGCUGCUGAUAUUUGAGAUAAUAAACGGGCCGUAGUAAUAAUAUGAUACACGCGGCUACUCCCAGUACGAAGACGCGAGUCAAUUUAAUUCGAGAUUUUGUCGAGCCUGAACCGCAAUAAUGCAUUUACAUCCACAUGUAUGAAUGACUGCAAAAAAUUUCGGAAAAAAGAGGUAUGGAGAUACGCCCCCGUUAUACCCGGCGUCAGAGCGUAUGGCUUGGCUCGGAGCAGCUGUUAUAAGUUUUUUAUAUAAUCAUCCUAAUACGCGGUAUAUAAUGAAAAUAAAGAAAUAAAAGAGAAAAUAACAUUUAUUCUAUAUUGAAAAUACUGUAGAUAUCUUUAUUAUUUGAAUAUUUUAUAUAAUAUUCAAUAUAAACAGUUAUGAAUUGUGAUAUAAUUACUGCUGCUGAGAUACCUUUAGAAAUGUUCGUGUAAUUAUCCGAAUGAACUUUCAGUUGCACUAAUUCUGAUUUUAUCAUGAUUUUUUUUGAUUCUUUCCAACUGAAUAUAACACAUAAAUUAGUUAAAUGCAUUAGAUAGGAGCAAGGAAAACGAGAGAAAAGAAAGUAAGAAUAAAACUGUCAUGGAAUCAUUUUUCCUUUUUUUUCUGUAAGAAAUAAAAUAUUAAUUGUCAAAGUGCGGUAAUUAUUCUCUAAUCGCUGUGAAAUAUCUAAGGAAUUAAAUAAAUAAAUAAAUAGAUAAAUGAAUAGAGAAAAAAGAAGAAUAAAUAAAUAACAGAGGUACAUAAACUAAAAGAUAGCAUUUUAUUAGAUAAAUAUAUACUGAAAUGGCAAAUUUAUAUAUAUUGAAAUGCCAUCGCUCGUUCGAAUUGCCCGAUGCAAUCAAAUGGUGAAGCCGCGUUUAUAAAAUACUAAUUAUACGACGUGCAGUAUGAAAAGACAACGAAGGUAUAUGAUUUGUAGCGUUAUGUAUAAUUAUAUACGCAUAAUCAUUGUUAUAAAAUUCAAAAUAUCUCGCGUAAAAUCCAGCUGACGGCGUUAUAUUGCGAACAAAAAGUUCACGUUACACAGAUGAUGAAUUGAUUAGUUCAAAUCAAACUUUGCCACAUUUACUGCAUUUUGUACGGCAUUGUACACACGUAUAUCAGAUAGUGUAUAAAUAUAUAAUUAGCAAUUAAAAUCGUUAACUCUUCCGUCGCAUUGUGUGUCCGCUUCCCGUACUGACUAUAAAUUAAUAAUUUUUCAAUUCCCAUUCGGGGCCCUCGAUUUUUACGAUA